AAAAAAAAAGCUGAAAUGGCUUCUGGUGCAAUCCAACAACGAUUACCUCCAGGCUUAAACUUUUCAGAAGCAUUCUGGGAUGACCAUAAUAAAGGCAUUGAUGUCAUUUUAAAUCGACUAAGAAAGUCAAAAGACACAUGUGAAGAGAUCAAAAAGUUAUAUGAACUUCGAGCUAAUAUUGAACAAGAAUAUGGUGAAAAACUUUUAAAGUUAGCAAUAAGUAUUAAUAAGAUUGGAAUAUUUGAGGAAAAUAGCUUUGCAGACACUUUAUCACGUAUUCCUGCAACUCUUGAAAUUACUGCUCGGGCUCAUAUUGAUUUAGCUCAACAAUUAAAAGAUCAUUUAGAAGCACCGCUGGACGGGUUUUUAAGAGAUCAAAGAGAUAUGCGUAAAAUGCAUCAGCAACAGAUAGAGAAUUCUAGGCAGCUUUGGAGCUUACACGAAACUGAUGUUGUACGGACAAAGGAGUAUUAUUCAACCGAAUGUACAAAGCUUAAAACGAUGGAAAAAUAUCUUUAUGAUUUAAAAAAUAAUGAUGACUUUUUAACAGAAAAAGCUACCCAAAUCGAAAAGGAAAUUGAAGAACAAAGGAGAUUAGUCAUGGUUGCUGAGCAAGUAUAUAGGCGAUCCGUAGAUAAUUUUAAUACAGUAAAUAAGGAAUGGGUAAAUAAUUGGUCAUCAAGUGUAGAUAUAUUUCAAGAAAUGGAAAUAAAAAGAAUGACUUAUUUAAGGAGCACACUUUGGUCUUAUGCUAAUAUAAUGACAAGCACAUUCAGUACUGAUGAGGAGUGUUGUGAUCGUAUUCGUUCAGCUUUAGAACUCAUCGAUGUACAGAAGGAUAUUACAGCAUUUGUACAGCGUUAUGGAACAGGAAAUAGAGUACCAGGCCCCUUGGCAUAUGAAACUUUUUAUCAUUUUCCUUCAAUAAAUCCUACGAACUCUCAUACCUCAUCAUUGUCAAAUAAUGAGAAUAAUAAUUUAGAUCAGUCUCUGUCUUCAUCCAUUUCUCGAGCAAUUAGGGAAAAUAAUGGAAAUAAAAAUUCACCCUCUCAACAAUCAUUCGCUACUACAAUUAUAACGAAUCCUGAUGAAGAGUUGAAAUCAGUUGAGCAACAGCUUCAACAGUUAGAAGUCCAAAAUGUAACGGCACCAAAGGCUGAAAAUAAGGUAGCUCAAUCUUCUGAUGAAAAAAGUGAACUAGCUCUUAAUAAUCGACCACAAAUGAUACCUACUGCAACAUAUACGACAGAUCAAAGUAAUGGCCCUGUUAGUACAGCUAUUAAAGAGGUCGAACAAAUUCUAAAUCAAGAGAGUUCUAAUAAUCAAGAAGUCAUGACACCUCCAGCUUCAUCAGGAGAAGAUAAAAUAAUAGCUAGUAAUCAUCCCUCUUUAAUAAAAAACAAUUCUACCGCCAGCACUACCAAAAAGAAUUCUUCAGAAAAAUCUCAUUCUGCACCAGAUGAUUUCUCGGAUAGAAGCCAUAACGCAUCAAGUAUGAAUAAGGAACAAAAAUCAAGUCAACUUGAUUUGGCUAAAGAAGAAAAAGACAAUUCUAUAGUUCAACUUGCACCCCUUCUAACAACUGAGACACACAACAUAUCUUCACUUGAUUCGAUUAAUAAUAAUAGUGAUUUUAUCGUUAAUCCUGAAUUAGAAAAUAAUAAAUAUAAGCCAAUGCCGAAUCCUAGCUACAAUACAUCCUCUGUUACUUCCAAAGAAAAAACUGGAUUGCGUAGUACCCUUCCAGAGACAGCACUUAACAAUCAACAAAGGCCUACUGUCAAUGUUCGUACGUCAUCAUUAAUCAUGUCUGAAAAUUCAUCUGUACAACAAACGACGACUUCUCCCUCUUUGAUAAACAGCUAUGAUAUGGACAUUAAAGACGAAGAAAAUGAGGAGGAUAAGAAAAUAAAUGAAUAUCAAAACAGGUUACCACGACCACCACCCAAGGAUGAAAAAUGGGUUAUUUCAUCUAUUCGUCGACCUCAACAAUUACCCGUGCGUACAUUAAAUGCAACCAUGUUUGACGGAACAGCAGUCUCUACCAGAAUCAAUAUGAAAGAAGCUGCAAUAACGGUUCAUAACAACCAACAAUCUGAACAGACUGAUGAUGUAGCACCAGCGAUAAUAGACAGUGUAACUAACUCUGGGAAAAACAAUGUGCCACAGAAACACAUACCAAAAGUACAUAAACCUGCUGUUCCCCUUAAAAUCGAAAUCCCUAAUUCCAUCAAACCUCCCUCUGCAGAUCAAAAAGUAGAAGAGAAUAAACAAUCACCACAACAGCUAAAUAUGGAUGAUAAACAAAAUACUAUGCGAGGAUAUAUCAGCAAUCAAAAUGGAUUACUAGAAGAUGGAGGUAUACGUCCAGCACCUUGGCAAGAUGAACACUAUCAGGAAGGUGCUAUGAAUAAUUAUAAUAGAGGAAUAAUAUCUGGCAAUAAUAUGGUAACAGAACCUUACUCUUUUAGUGGGCAUCAAAAACAUUUACCACCUAAUAUGAUUCAUCCUCAUGGUGGUGCUAAAGCUUCAGAGCAACAAGAAACUCUUCAAUCGCAUGAUGAAGAAAGUGAUACCAAAAAACGGUUUGGUAAAAACAAACACAAUCUAGAACCAUCUGGAAAAUCGAAAGAAAGUAAAACCGGAAGAUUUUCAUUAGGAUUUUUUGCUAAUAAAAAAGAAAAAAAGAAGGAGAAAGAAGCUGCUGCACAGCAAGAACGUCCCUUGAGUCAACAUAUAAUGCAUCAACAACCUUCAACAGAACUUUCACAAUCUGAUCUAAAAAAUUAUUACGUGAAUAACCCCACUGCAAUGCACACACGGCAAACAGUGGCUACAACAUCACAAAAUUAUAUGCCAGAUCACAAUCAGUUUGUUGGAUAUGCAAAAGCUCAAUGGCCGUUUGAGGCAACUAUUGAAGGAGAAAUGUCCUUUUUUGCUGAUGAAGUCCUUGGUAUUAUUCGUAAACAAAUGGAUGGAUGGUGGGAAGCUGAACGUUUAGGUCCCGUUAAUGCUGGUCAGAGGGGCUUGAUUCCUGGUAAUUAUAUGCUUGAUAAUCAGCCACGACCCUAACUGCCUUUUUAUACAAUUUCAUUCCCAUAUACUUUUUACUUUUUUUAACCAUUAUUGUAAAAACUAUUACGCAUGCUUAAUAAAACUAUAAUGUAAUAACUUUUUAAAAAUAAGGGCUUCUUAUUUAUACAUUUGAAAAAAUAAA